UAUUUAGAUUAACAGGAAAAAAAAAAAAAAAAAAACAUUCAAGAAUUUCUUUGAAGUACAGUUUGGUUUAUUCUUGCAGGCCAACAACAUUACUUGUGAAUGUUUAGUAUAGUUCAUGUUUAAUCCUUGAUGCAAGGGAACAUAUUCUUUAAUUUAUUAUCUGAACCAGAACAAGAAGAAUUUAUAGAAGAAAAUAUUUCAAGAUUAUAAUUAAUUCAAGAUUGAUCAUGCCAGAACAAGAAACGGAUUUAUGGAGUGCUGUGUUCUUCAUAUUCUUAAUCUUGAUUACAGGCACAGUUUUAGUUUUAGGAGAUUCUUUAGAAACAGACAGAGAAGCAUUACUGAACUUAAAAUCAUUUCUUGAAGAGAAUAACAAAGUAAACAGAGGCCAAUACUCUCAAUGGGGCCUAUUUAGUACAAAUCCAUGCACCAACUGGUCAGGAAUUAAAUGCACAGAAGAUGGUUCAAGAGUUAAUGGAAUCACCCUUAUUGAUAAUAACAUUUCAGGGUUAUUGUACAACAAUUUAUCAUCCCUGACCGCUCUUUCGUAUCUCGAUCUGUCGCGAAACUAUAUUCGCGGAGCGAUUACGGACGACUUGAGCAAGUGUCGGAACUUGGAUUAUCUCAAUCUGUCACAUAAUAUGCUGGAGGGAGAGUUGAAUUUGACUGGAUUGGGGAGAUUGCAGACUCUGGACUUGUCGGUGAAUCGAUUUUCCGGGGGGAUUCGGAAUAGUUUUUCAGGGAUUUGUAGCGAGUUGGUUGUUGCUAAUAUUUCUGGGAAUAAUUUUACUGGCGGAAUUGAUGAUUGCUUUGAUGAAUGCUUGAGUUUGCAGUUUCUUGAUUUGAGCUCGAAUAAUUUCAGUGGAAGGUUAUGGAGUGGUUUUUCAAGGCUUAAGGAGUUCUCUGUGUCUGCAAAUAAUCUUAGUGGAGAAGUUUUGGGGUCGAGUUUUGGUCAGAAUUGUAGCCUGCAAGAGUUGGAUUUGUCGGAAAAUCAUUUCGCGGGCUGGUUGCCGAAAGAGGUGUCGAAUUGUAAGAGUUUGAUCAUUUUCAAUGUGUGGGGAAACAAAUUCAAUGGAGAAAUUCCGUCUGAAAUAGGCUUGAUUUCGAGUCUUGAAGGUUUGUUCUUGGGAAACAAUAAUUUUUCUCAGGUAAUUCCGGAGUCUCUUUUGAACUUGAGUAGGUUAGCAUUUUUAGAUUUGAGCAAAAACAAUUUUGGAGGAGAUGUACAGAAGAUUUUUGGUAGAUUUACACAGGUGAAGUUUCUGGUAUUGCAUGGAAAUUCAUAUACUGGUGGAUUAUACACUUCAGGUAUUCUCAAGUUACAGAAUAUUGUUCGAUUAGACUUAAGUCACAACGAUUUUUCAGGUCCAUUACCUGUUGAAGUUUCUCAGAUGCCGAGGUUAAAGUAUUUGAUCCUUGCUUUUAAUCGAUUUAAUGGUUCCAUACCAUAUGAAUACGGAAAAUUUCCUAGCCUCCAAUCUCUUGAUCUUUCCUACAAUAUCCUGACAGGAUCUAUACCGAGUUCAUUCGGAAAUUUGAGCUCACUCUUGUGGUUAAUGCUUGCAAACAAUAACCUGUCAGGUAAAAUUCCUAAAGAAAUGGGCAACUGCAGUAGCUUGUUGUGGUUAAACCUUGCCAAUAACAAUUUGUCAGGAAACAUACCACCUGAACUGAUGAACAUUGGCAAAAAUCCUGGUCCGACAUUCCUGUCGAACCAGCAGAAUGAACGUGUCAUUGCUGGGUCCGGGGAAUGUUUAGCAAUGAGGAGAUGGAUUCCUGCAGACUAUCCGCCUUUCAGUUUCGUUUACAACAUCCUGACUCGCAAGAGUUGCCGUAGUUUAUGGGAUAAUAUACUUAAAGGAGUUGGCAUUUUCCCAGUUUGUUCUGCAGGCUCUACUGUCUGGACACUUCAAAUCACAGGUUAUGUCCAAUUAAGUGGGAAUCAGCUUUCCGGCGAGGUCCCUCAGGAUAUCGGUAAGAUGCAGAAAUUCAGUUUGUUGCAUUUGGGUUCUAAUCAGAUUUCAGGAAAAUUACCUACUCAGAUUGGACAGAUGCCGCUUGUAGUCCUAAACCUGUCGAAAAAUGCAUUUUCCGGCGAAAUUCCAACCGGAAUUGGGAACAUUAAAUGCUUACAGAAUCUUGAUCUUUCUUACAAUAACUUCUCAGGCUCUUUUCCUGCAAUCAUGAAUGACUUGAGUGAUCUAAAUAAGUUCAAUAUUUCCUACAAUCCAUUGAUUUCUGGGAUCAUCCCAUCAACUGGGCAAUUAGCUACUUUUGAGAAAGAUUCUUACUAUGGUGAUCCUUACUUAAUUCUUCCAAAAUUUAUCACCAAUUCUACUGAUUACCCGAAAGAUCGAACAAUUGAUGGCAGGAAGAGAUCAGAGCGUGUAAAAUUGGCAGGGUUGCUGUUGGUUUUAACUCUUACUCUAGCUUUCCUGAUCUGUGGAGUUUUAUCAGUUAUAGUAUGGACGUUAGGGAAAAAUCCUUCAGACCAACCGGGAUAUCUCUUGGAAGAAGCUAAAUUCCGGCACGACCUGAUAUCAAGUUCAGGCAGUUCAUCUCCAUGGUUGUCAGACACAGUUAAGGUUAUUCGUUUGGACAAAACAGCAUUCACUCAUUCUGACAUUUUGAAAGCAACAGUAAAUUUUUCAGAAAGCAGAAUAAUAGGGAAAGGAGGAUUCGGAAUUGUGUACAGAGGCGUUUUACCUGACGGACGAGAAGUAGCAGUAAAAAAGCUUCAUAGAGAAGGAAUCGAAGGCGAAAAGGAAUUCCGAGCUGAAAUGGAAGUCCUGUCAGGAAACAGCUUCGGUUGGCCACACCCGAAUCUCGUCACACUUUACGGUUGGUGCCUUAACGGUUCAGAGAAACUUUUAGUUUACGAAUACAUGAAAGGCGGAAGCUUGGAAGAUCUCGUAUCCGAUACAACGAGACUAACCUGGCGAAGGCGAAUCAACAUAGCAAUCGAUGUAGCAAGAGCAUUAGUCUUUCUACAUCACGAAUGUUAUCCCUCCAUAGUCCACCGCGACGUAAAGGCAAGCAAUGUCCUUCUAGAUAAAGACGGAAAUGCGCGAGUGACAGAUUUCGGGCUAGCAAGAUUUGUCGACGCAGGAGAUAGUCAUGUGACAACAAUGGUAGCAGGCACAGUCGGUUACGUAGCACCCGAAUACGGACAAACCUGGCAAGCUACCACGAAAGGCGACGUGUAUAGUUUCGGAAUCCUGGCAAUGGAAUUGGCCACGGGAAGGCGAGCCGUGGACGGAGGGGAAGAAUGUCUGGUGGAAUGGGGUAGGAGGGUGAUGGGGACGGGACGAAACAGCGGGUUAUCGGGAAGAGCGGUGGUUCCUGUGGUGUUGUUAGGAUCAGGAUUAGCAGAGGGAGCACUAGAAAUGUGUGAGUUACUGAAGAUUGGUAUAAGGUGCAGUGCAGAGUCACCACAGGCUAGACCUAACAUGAAACAAGUGCUGGUUGGGCUUAUGAAGAUUUCAGGAACAAGAGGAGAUAAGGAUUUGAUGAACAACAUUUUAAUUUAGAGUGUUAAAUAUAUACUUCCACAGAAAUAUAUCAGUACAGGUUUUUUUGUUUAUACGAUUCUUCUUGUACACAACAUUUUUCAUAGUGAUACAUAGAAUUCAAAUUUAGUCUAAUCAAAUCCAUUACACUUUUCACUUUAUACAUAUAGAUUUUUACUA